AUACCUUUAGCGCAGUUGUCUUCGUUACAACCCAAACUGUCAAGAUGGCGGACAGAAGCAAAGAUCGCUGAUCUGUGCUGGAAUUUCUACAUUUUACCACCAUAAGAACUCACUUGAAGGGCACAGAAGGAUGUAUUCGGAAGAGGAUUUUCCUAUGAAGCGCACGGAAUCUUCCAGCUGACGGUAAACAGGUGGAAAACGGCGAAGUCAACAUGCUAACUGGAGCAUACUCAGACAAGUACAAGUUGGUCCAACAGGACCAGGUCCAGCAGUUGAGAACCCACUCUGCUCGUAGGAAGGAACAGGACAGGGCCAAGACACUGAGGCAGGAAACUCUGCGCAGGAGGAAGGCGUUAGAGGACAAGAAGAAGCAUGACGCGGAGAGAGAGGCCAAGCGUCGUGAACAGGAGCUCGCCAAGAGACGAGAACGUCAGCAGGAAGCCACGGAAAAAUUUCAGAGGGCUCAUGUCAGGCAAGGGUCUGCUAGAGGGAGGAAAUCCCGCACCCCAACACUAGACGAGGUGUUACGACAGGUCCGAGGGACGUCAAGAGCGUCCACAACAUCUGGCGUCACUAACACCUCAGCACGAACCAUCUUUUCAAGGAAAUACGGAGGUAGCAAUCCGGACCUUUCCACUGAGACUGGGGGUGGCGCAGGCCUGCAGUACGGGAAGCUGACGGCAGAAAUGCGUACCACCAGUGAACGCAACCUUGCCAGCAGCAAGAAAAUGUUCGAACAGCAACUGGAGGAGCAAAAUCGACUUCUUGCUGAGCAACAACAAAGGACCAUACAGGAGCUCCAUGAAGAAGUAGAGCAUCUCCGUCGCAGCUCCAGCCUCUCCAGUCUGGACAGCCUUGACGAGAACCGUACCGCUCCGUCCCACCAUCCCGCGUACAGGACGGACCAGCCAAUCAGCGGGAUCACCGUGGACUCCAAAUACACCGAUCCCAACUACGUAUCUCAGGGUUUGUACGCGCAGGGGAUACCAGCUGCUAGGGCGGGGUAUGACAUGCCAUACGGACAAUACUAUUCUUCGACUCCUGUGACAGACUCGAAUUUUCGAGGGCCCGCGGGUUAUCAGUACCAGACAGGGCACGAUACAAACUUCCAAGCCAAUGGCUACGCUCCGCACGGUACUGGUCAACAGCCUGCGAUCAUUGGCAGGCCUAGAGACACUGCGAGCGAUUAUGGGACGCAGUCCAACGCGUUUUCGAGUGCCACUAGUGUCCCUACAAACAGUGGGGGAGGGAAGAGUUUCCUGGGUGUAUCAGGUGUUAGGAUACAGCAUGGGGCUGGGCAGGCACCUGCUCAGCAGAGACUGUUCACAACUGCACCUGGGGAUCGGGCGGGUUUCCAAUCCUCUACUGCAGGGGAUUCAAACCAUCGUGCGUACGUCCCGGACAGUCACGAACUACAAGUGGAGGAAGCUAACGAAUUAGUUCAGGAUGCUCUCGCGAAAACGCCACAGGUAAUGACAAAUACAGGCUAUGGGUCGAACGCCAGAACGACAACCCAGGCGCCAUACUCAAACCCCAGGUAUCGCCUGUUGUUCUCUCAGAAAAAGGCUUGGGGUACGCCCACCUCGCAGGCUGAAGAGAUGACAGCAACACAAAGCAGCUCAACAGUAAGUAGUGGUGCUGGGAUCACAACUGUCACUCCAAGUACCACCCGUAUCAUUCCCUCUGCCACCACAAUAACAACAACAACAGUCUCUCACACCACGGGAAAUAGUUCUGUCGCACAUACUAACGGCACAAGCAGUGCCUCUAGUGUGUCCCAGGCUUCAACUACAAGAACUCCAAUGGCUUACUCUAGGCCACUCUUGAACUACACAAGGGUCACAGAAAACAGCACUGUUACAAGUAACGAUGCUCACAACCACACCAAUGGGUACUCCAGAACUAACCAUGACAGAGAGAGUACUGUAGAAAGGAACACAAGUUAUAACGUGCCAGGAAGUCAACAAAGUAGGACAGCUUCCGGCACUGGAAUCUCAGUCAAGGGGCACGCGGUCAGCUCAGAACAGCAGACACAGCUCCAUGACACGCAGAAACGUUUAGACCUACUGAGGCAAGAACGAGAGGCCCACCGUGCAAACGGAAUGUUCCAGAAGGCAGAGGAGGAAGAGAAAGAAAGUGACCAUCAGUCGGAGGAAGAAGAAUUAGAAGAAGAGUCGGAACCAGAGCCUCCAAAGCCUAAGAUCAUCAAAGGAAUCUUGAAAAAGAAGUCCAAGUAUGAAUCUCAUCCUUCGCGACCCUUCAGUGUGGUUAUAACGGGAGGGAGACAGAUACAAGACAGUGUGGACUUGGCGAAACAGGAGAAGAAAAAGCGUGGCAUUCGCUGGGUGGACCUAACAUAUGACGACGAUGAAAAAGAACAAAAUAAUGAGUUACAAAUAGGCGCAAAGCCACAACCGAGCACGCAAACUUCCAGACCAACAACAACCCCUCAAGCCACCGCGAUUCACAAUGGGCCAACGAGACUUCAGACUGGGAGGCGGCGCGUUUCCAGCGCAGGGUCGGUACGGAAAGCAAUAUUAGCCCGAGCGAAAGCCGCGUCCAGACAGGGAACCAUAACACUCCACGGUAACGACAGCUCGCAGCCUCAUAACGAAGAUACUCCUGGUGACCAAGUUGGAAAGCCAUCAAAUCGUCAACUCAGUGUCUCAACUUGCAGUUACUCAAUACAAGCCACACCCAGCCAACCACAGGCCUCCACACAAAUGCCCAGGAAAGUCGAGAACACAAAACAGACCAAUGCGCAAACGAAAAUGGAAAACGAUCACGAAAUUUACAGCGCCAAUGGACUUCGUCUUGACAAGACUCCGACAGACGACGAAAUCAAUUGGCUGUGGGACAAGGUUCGCUCCUGUUUGAAUCAGAGAGCUGACCGGUCAGGAAUGGAGACUGCAGAGCAAGUUUCAACAGCUUCUGCAUCAAAACAGGAUCCUGCUGUGACAGGAAGCCGGCAGACAGCUCAGAUGUCCCAGCUGACCCUGGACGGGGGGAGGUUAGCAGGCUCGGAGGUGGUCCCCAGGCUCAGAACCAUGCCCAGGGUGGGGGGGUUCUCAUCUGCAGCACCCACAGCAGGAGGAAGGAGAAGAACAGCCAGUGAGAACAACAGCGCCUCCUUGCGUCGUAAUGCCCUACUGCAGCAGAGGAACCAGCAAAGAGCCAACACCUUACAGAAGACCCCCACCCCCUCACAGCAGCAAGUCCGGUUUACGGAAAUCUCACAGACUACUACAGGUCCCAUCCCCAGUGCCCAGGAGCCAGGGAACAGGACAGCGGGCCCUACUGACAGUGAGGUGACCGAGAGUCUGGCCGCUUUCCUGGAGGCUGAGUACAUGUCUGACCAGCCCAUCUCUGAAGCUGAGAUCGCUGCUGCACUAGACGCCAUGCAAAACAGACAGACUGGACAGAAGGCACCAAGUGCACUGUCCAUGGAGGAACGAAGACUUCUGCAGUCUUUGGACAGACUCAACCAGAGGUUAAAAGUUACAGAAACUGUCACUCAGAAUGCUGCAACCAACAUGACACAAAAACCCCCACUCCAUCCGGGAACAAGAACUAACCAGUCCAAACCAAAGCGGGUGAUGUCAGCGACCACCGUGGGACCACGAUACCACUUCAGAACAGGCUCCGCUGACAACAACACACGCGCUAGGAAAAACUAUGUCUAUCAGUAAAACAUUCUUUGCAUCUCUGAUGUCACAGACA